AUGGCUUCAAUAGCGGAGAGCCCAGAAAAUCGACUACAAGCCCACACAGAUUUACUAAAUUGGGUCAUCAGCCAUGGAGGCUUCCUCGCAGAUAGCGUGUGCAUCGCACAUGAUGACUCUCGUGGCGUCCACAUGCAAGUGAAGCGCGAUUGGCCCUCACCCAUUAGCAAGGACACCCGAGUCGUGAACACGCCGCUAGGUGUAACAAUGUCCUAUUUUAAUGCGAUCGGGUAUAGCUCACCCAAGGGUUCUUUCUCGAAGCACGGGAUUGAGCUGCCAAGCUCGUUCAUCGAUGCUGUUGGGCGCGAGGAAACGACCGCAUUUUUCCUGAUGGGUCAGUUCUUGCGUGGACAAGACAGUUUCUGGUAUCCUUAUCUCAGGACGCUGCCACAACCAGGUCAAAUGACUACGCCUUUGUUUUUUGAAGAGGAGGAUGUAGAUUGGAUUCAAGGAACUGGGAUCCCAGAUGCUUCGGUUCAGAGAUUCCAGACUUGGGACCAAAAGUUUGAUUUUUGUAUGGAGAGGUUGGAGGAGUCAGGAUUCCAGGGGCUGGAGGAAUAUACCUGGGAUCUGUAUCUCUGGGCUUGGACAAUCAUCACUUCGCGGGCUUUCUCGGCAAAAGUCCUGUCUAGCGCAGUAAAACAGGCUGAUCUUCCAGAGGAAGGCGUUUCUGUACUUCUUCCACUUAUCGAUCUUCCUAAUCACCGGCCUCUGGCAAAAGUCGAGUGGAGAGCAGGCGAAGAAGAUAUUGGAAUGAUCAUGUUAGAGGAUAUUUCUCCCGGCGAGGAGAUUUCCAACAACUAUGGCCCUCGAAACAAUGAGCAGCUAUUAAUGAACUAUGGGUUCUGCAUAUCAAACAAUCCAACCGAUUACCGCAUCGUCAAAUUGGGCGUCAAAUCUGACAGCCCAUUAGGUCAAGCAAAAGCCCGUCAAGCAAUGAUGUUCCCCGAAGCUACUAAGAACACGGAUGAUCAUUACUAUAUCUUUAACGUGUUUUACCCUCUCCUGGCACCGGAGGGGCCAAUGGAACAUUCGAUCAUCUCUCCAGCACUAUUCAAUGCCUUGACUGUCAUGGAGGGCAAUGAUCGUGAGCGUCGAGAUGUGGAUAUCAAUGAGUCAGGUAUCUCUAUUAUGCAUAAAUAUGGCAAUGGCCGAAGUACACUUGCUGCAUUGGCCCAGGUUAGCUUCGAGUUAAUUGCGCAUAUUGCCAUGCUUCGUUCCACAGGAGAGGACUUACCAGACCAACCCGCGAACCUCAAACAAACAUUUGCCAAGAUCUACCGUGACGGUCAAAGCACUUUGGAUAAGACUGCCCUCGUCAUCACUUCUUGGACAUUGGCUCGUGCGCGUGAACAUCGACGGGGAGAGGGCUGGGAAGACAUCAAAGCCUUGCUGGCUGAGCAUAUGUCAAAGAUCCCUCCUGGUUAUUUUCCUGACGAAACUCUCUCCAAAAUCCGCGUUCGUAUCUUAGAACGGCCAUCUCUCGUGCCGAAGAAUGGGGAACUCUUCCGAUUAAUGGAGCUUUUUGCUUUACUUCCAGCCGAAUUACAGGGUCCCUGUGGUACAUACUGGGCGGAACAUAUUGCCAGCGGGCCUUGGGCUACAGAUCCGCAAGUCAUGUUCUCUCUUGCGAUUAGCCUCGUGGCUAUUACUGCUCGCUCGGAACAGACCCGACCCAUGCUGUCUUCUCGACUUACUCGAUGGGUCGACUUUCUCAUUUCGGAGUACCCGCUGGAUGCUAGUAAUGAUCAACCUGAGAGCCAAGGCCAACAAUUUCUUCACGCACUUUCUGCCAACAAAGAGCGGUUUAUUCAUGGAGCCGCCGCGUGUGGCGUCACAUGGUUGGCGGAGAGCACCGAGUGGAUGGAUGCGCAAUGGCUGCAAUGGGCUUGUACAGUAGGGGAUGCCGAGCGAGUACUGAUCCCGCUCGAGCCCCUACAGGUAUUUGUGGAAGACCCUGCAAUGGCAAAGCAGGCAGCUUUAUAUGUACCGCGAGAGUGA